CUGUCAUCUAACAAAGGUUCAUCAAAUUUCUUUUCCUCUUUCCUUGAAACCCCUUCAUCUUAUCUUAUGUAUCUAUAUAAACAGUUCAAUACUCAUUCAUCAAUCUCAUCAAACAAAUAUCUCAUAUUCUACAUUAUCCAAAUUAUUUUUCUUUUCUCUUUUUGAUAUUAUUAAGGUUAUGGCUGGGAUUGAUUUUGAGGAUUUGUUACCGGUAAUCGCGAACAAGCUAGGUGGUGAAGGUUUAAUGAAGGAACUAAGUAAUGGGUUUGAGUUACUUAUGGACAAAGACAAAGGUGUGAUAACUUUGGAGAGUUUAAGGAAAAACAGUGCAUUGAUGGGUUUGGAGGAUUUGAAGGAAGAUGAAGUAGUGAGCAUGAUGAGAGAAGGUGAUGUUGAUGGUGAUGGUGAACUCAGUGAGAUGGAGUUUUGUGUUUUGAUGUUUAGAUUGAGUCCUCAGUUAAUGGAGGAAUCAUGGUCUUUGCUUCAACAAGCUUUGCAAAAUGAAUUCAACGAUCAUGAUUCAUAACCAUUUUUCUUAAAUAUUAUGUGUCUUUCUUAAACCAUUGUUAAUUUUUUAUGAUGUUAUUGACUAUUGACUAUUUUUAUUUUUUACAAUUGAAAUUGGUUAGAAGAGAAAUAUAUACGUGUACUACAAGUUACAAUCAUUCAUCCUAAUGAACAGAGAUUGAAUAUGUUUUGACUA